UUUCUCCCCUCGCAUUAUUAUUAGCGCCAUCUUGUGGAUCUUACGUUUUGCGCCAGACUCUUCGUGUUUCAAGCUAGAAAAGCAAGCCUUUGAACAUCAGGAGAAGUACAUACGAUAACAGAAUGAAGUGGGAAUAUAAAGAAGAGCAUCCCUUUGAGAAAAGACGCGCUGAAGGGGAAAAAAUUCGCAAGAAAUACCCCGAUCGAGUCCCGGUUAUUGUGGAAAAAGCUCCAAAAGCAAGAAUUGGGGAUCUAGAUAAAAAGAAGUAUCUUGUUCCUUCAGAUUUAACUGUUGGCCAGUUCUACUUUCUAAUUCGCAAGAGAAUUCACCUAAGACCAGAGGAUGCGCUUUUCUUCUUUGUAAACAAUGUCAUCCCGCCCACGAGUGCCACCAUGGGCCAACUAUACCAGGAGCACCAUGAAGAGGACUUUUUCUUGUACAUUGCAUACAGUGAUGAGAGCGUGUAUGGCUGCUGUGACUGAACAAAGGAAGAGUCGAACCUUUGCACAAACUGUAGGCCCAUAUGUACUGUGACUGGACAGUGAUUGGCAUAUUGGUUGUCAGUGAUGACUCAUUAGGCCAUGACUGUUGUGUGUGGUAGAGCUGAUAGUUCCAUAGUACCCCAAGAACCCAUAUCUACCUUUUCUUGUUUGUCGGAAUAGCCCAGUAUUAAACAUUUUAUCUUAUGCUGUGCUGUGCAGAGUGUAGUUUAGUCUAAGCAAGACAGAGGUACAGUAGCCUGGUUAAUUAGCUUGCAGCUACUAUAUUAGCUUCUACCAAUACAUCAGUCAUGGCUUCAGUUAAAUUAUCUCACUCACCAAAAUGAGUGAUUUGGCAAAAUGCAUUUAUAUAAAGAUUAGCUUUUCAAAUGUGUUAUUUCUAUAAAACAUAGUUUAACUUGUACAAAGCAGAAAAAGUAAUAGUUUUUCUUUCAUUGAAUGGCAUCAACAUGUAGUGAUAAAAUGGAAGUAUGGUUCUGAUUUAUUCUUUACUUCAGUUCCAUUUAAUUGUACAAUAGAGAAAGCAUGUUUAUCUGGUGUUAACUGUACAUGAAUGGUUAGAAUUAGAUAUGCCCCAAAUUUACUUUAAAAAAAUGCAUUUUCUGAUAUAGCUGUUGUAGUCAGGUAUUCACACAUGGUGGUGCAUGUGUUGCAUGUGCAACCCCCUCCCUGGUGGCCAAAAAGUGGGUCUUUUUUUUCUUUUAGAAAUUUUCAAAUACUAUGCUUUUUCCAUAAGAUACCUUAACUGCACACACCCUCAGACCCUCCCUCACACCUGCACAAACAUAAUAUUUAAAAGUCUUUUGGAAGUUAGUUGAGUGAUGUCAAAUUUGCCAAGACUAUUAUAUUGCUACAGUACCAAAAAGAAAAUUAAGAAGAAAUGUGAUUUUAGUUUUAAACAUGAACCGAAUAGAAAUUGUACAAUUUGGGUAUCCAAUAAAUUAAAGAGAAAAACACUCUUUCCGAGAUUGUACAAAGUUCAGUGAGCAACUCAUCUAUUAUCAGUUUAAAAACUGAUUUGGGAAGGGAAUUUCAUUGAGGGUAUAUGACAAUACUAAACAAACUUUCAUUUAUUCAAUUAGCAAUUUGCACUUUUUACUUUCUUCUUUAACAAUAUCCUUUAAUCGCUGAAAACAUAUAAACAACUGUUUAUUUGAGACUUACAAAAGUACAACAGAUAUCACAGUUUUUAUUUCAGUUAUAACCUUAAAUCCUACUAGAAAUACAGCUAUAAAUACAGUAAUGGAAAGACAAAGUACAGUCUCAUCUAUGUACAGUAUAAACAUGAGCGGAGGUCAUCAGCCUUAAGGGGUGGGGCCAUCAGUUGUACAGGGGUAGAGUCAUCAGACGUGGUACAGUAUAUCACUGACAUCACUAUCUGUACCAUUCAUAUUCUACAAUGGAAAAUGAGUUAAGGUAAAAAUGUUAGAAAAUACCAUAAACUAAUGUUUACAAAAGACGGAAAGAGAAAGACCGGCGUGGUGAUAUAAUAAGAUGGGAAUGGCUAUAAUUCUGAUUAUGGGUUCCCUAAAUGUCACAAAAUUAUAGUAACAAGCAAGUAAAGUGCAAGUAAAUUGACAUAGAAAAUUGUGAUCAACAUGAAGGUGUUGAGGGUGGUGGCAUCAAGGGAGAAACAAAAUAAUCAAAUAAAAUCGCGAUUUAUUCACGUA